ACGUUUAAAAAUAGCAGACAAAUACCAUAGCCAUUUUAAAUUUAUUAUCUUCCCCUACUCUAUCAACACUUAUUGACUGAUUGCUAAAAACUUUGAGAAAAAAAAUGUAUUUUUCAGUUCAAAAAUGAACAAUCUAAAGACUAACUGUUCUGAAGCUUCAGCUAAACCUCUAAGUUUUGGAAUUGAUCGGAUACUGGAUAAUUAUUGUUUCAAUAAACAACAGAAAAAGAAAGGAGGAAGAGCUGUAUUCACUACAAAACAAAAAGAGUGGCUUGAACAUUAUUUCCAGAUUGAAAAGUAUAUAACCAAAACUAAUAGAAAAGAAUUAGCCACUGCGCUAGGACUGAAUGACUCACAGGUUAAAGUUUGGUUUCAAAAUAGAAGGAUGAAAUGGCGUCAUGAUUUUGGAUCAUAACUUAAUAAUUAAUAAAUUAUAAUGCGUUUACAAAUCAUAUAUAACUAAUUAAAACAAUAACGAUUAAAUGUUAAUUUCACGUGUAAAAGUUUAAAACAGAAAAAGUAAGAAGUAACUAUUUAUAUUUAAUUUUUCUAUGUAACAAUGUAAAAUAAUAAAUUUAGUUUUGAUUAAAACUAUAUGUACAUACUCAUAAUUGUAUAUAGUGGUGCAACUAGGAAGAUUAGGGAAUUGUGACAAUGGUUCACUAUUCUUGAAAUUUAUUGCGAUGUUUAAUCAAUUGUUUGGUUGAAGAUUUUUUUAAUCAAUUUUAUCAAAAAAUAAUGGGCAAACAAUUUUUUUUUAUUUUUAAUUAACUCCUCCCGAAAAAAUUCCUAGUUGUACCACUAAUUUUCAUCCCACUAAUUUCUUAAAAUAAAGUGUUGUUAAUAAUAAAUAAAAAAAUUUAUAAUUUUUUAUCGUGGAUUAUAUUAAUGUAAUAAUAAAUAAAAUAUAUAACUAAGAAAAUUUAA